AUGCAACGUAUCGUUUUAUUGCUGUGUCUUUUUAUCCCUCUCUUGUCACGAAAUUGCUUUGGAGUGGUGAAGUCAGAGAGCAAUGAAAUCGGCAAGUUGUUAAAGAACGGACAACCAGUCAUGUUUGAGCUAACGAUACCUUGCAUUGAGAAAACAACAAGGGAGGUCGUUGAGAAUACAACUCUUGGAAUAAAACAGUUCUUCGCUUUCGCAACUUGCCAAAUCAGUAAUUCCGCUUCUGGUAGAGAACCUCCAAGGGUAAUGGUGCACGACGAUAACGAGGAGAAUGUUAAUAUCGGAAAAUCUGCCUCUGCCACAGACCUACGGUUCCGAGCCAUGUUGCUCAACCAAUUUCCAAAUACAGUCUCGUACAUGAUUCUCGAUCCGCAAAAAGGUCACUGGUUUUUUACCAGCGAACUCUCUGGAUGUGAUAUUUUUAUUGCUACGAAAGAUUCCCAACCUAACAUGCCAAUGAUCUUCCACGCAAACUUGGACGAACUGUAUCUGACAGAACAACAAGUCCAAAAUUUAAAAUGGAAAGGCGAUAAAGUAGAUGAAAUUCUUACGGCGUUCCAGAUAAAUUACGUCUUGAAAGUGCGUAUUCACAUUACACCAGAAGAGCCUAUUCCCGUGAAUUAUAGUCAGUAUUGGAAUGAUUAUAAAACUGCUCAUCAAGACCGUGUAAAAGUUUACCGGUAUAGCAUUGUCGCGCCAAUUGUUCAGAAAAUGCAGUUCUACGGACAUUACAAAAAUGGUUUAUGGAGAUUUUUCCUCAAAGGGAAAGAAAACGGCGUAAAGACACUAGAUAUUUCUGUUUGA